AUGUCCGACCAGGAGGCUAGGUCCGUCUCCAAACUAGCUUGCGAGGAGCCCGGCUGCAACCUCAAGACUUUCUCCACUCGGUCCAACCUCAUCAGGCAUAAUAAGUCUAAACACGGCCAAAAGGUUCGAAUGCCUUGCGGCAAGAACCUACCAAACCACGCAUGCAACUGCCGACGUCAUAAGAAAUCCUGUCAAAAGUGUCGUGCAGCUCUUGUCCAACCCUCGACACCAGAAGUACACGACAAUCUCGGGCCCUCUAUUCAUGCCACUGAGAUCACGACGUUCGAUCUCGCCCUCGAAACCUACGCGGGAGGCCCCGACGCCAUGGGUGAUAUCAUGGACGGCUUUUAUUUCGAAGCCCACCCGUCAGAGAAUCAUCAUUAG